GGUUUAACAUCCGUAUUUCACUCGUGUUGUUUUCAUAAAUUUUUUCGUGUUGUUUUCAUAAAUUUUUUCGUGUUGUUUUCAUAAGUUUAGUCUUUUUGUCAAAAUUAUUUAGUUUUGUUAAAAGGUUUUAUAAAAUUCGAAACAAUGAGGCUUACGUUAACAUUAUUAGGAAGGAAAAUGCCUCCAGGAAACAUUUGGUUGGGAAAACAUCGACUCGGCCAUCAUGUCUACGCCCAGAAUAUUGACAGAUUUGUUAAAAGUCUGAAGGUUGAAGAGCAGAACUUAUUCCUGUUACGUCACCCUUACUUAACAUUGGAACAAGAAAAAGGCCAUGCGCAAGCUUUGCAGAAACAUAAGACCUGGAUGACAAAUAAACGACUUGAAGCUGCUUCAACAAAACUCGUGAAAAGUAUUAGGUUUGAGGACAAGUUAAAACAUUUAUGUGUUUCUGAUAGUUGGGAAAUAUAAAGGAAUUUAAAAUUUGGAAUAUCGUAUUAUGAUUAUCUUAAGUAAAGGCUGUUUUAUAUUUAAGUACCUAGUCCAAGAAGUUAGUUAGCUGGUCACGGUAUUACUCUGACUUUGUUAUCAAAUAUAAAGAAACAAAUAAAUUUAGCAGUGACGUCAUACAUA